GAAGUAGCGAUGCGCGCGCCGGACAUUCUCUUCUCGCUCGCAGCCGCCGGCAUCGUUGCUGGCUCACCUCUGGACUUCCAAGAGCGUGCUGCCAACACGUGUACAAUCAAAAGUAUUCAGUCUGUCGUAACCAAACUGAGUCCUUCUGUGGCCACUCCUUAUUGCCAGUCUCUUCUCAAGAUUUCGACGCAGACUGUAAUCAAAACUGUCAAACCCGCCUUCCCUUCGAAACAUGUCGUGACAGCGACUAAUGUAAAAGGAAAUGAACAAUUAACAGCUCGCAGGACAGUUACCAAGAAUAUCACGGCUACGACAUCGAGCUCAUUCAAUGCAUCGGACACAAGGAUCAAAAAGAGUACAAGCACGUCCAGCAACAAAAGCAGCACUUCUUCCAAAAUCGGCAGCAGUAAAACUCCUUUCAGCUUCGCAAUCUUCGACCUCAUCGCGACCUUUUGUGAAACCCUCGAAAGUCAGCAACCCAUUUUCAUCGAGCACAAUCAAAUCGAGUUCAUCAAGCAGUGUCCGCUCAACCUCGACAUCACCUUCCAGCAGCAGCAUCAGAAGCUCCACAUUGAGCUCAUCAAGCAGUACUCGACCUACUUUGACGUUAUCUUCCAGCAGCAUCAAAACUUCUACAUUGAGCUCAUCAAGCAAUGUUCGCUCAACUUCAACAUCACUUUCCCGCAGCACCAGAAGUUCUACAUCAAGCUCGUCGAGCAGUAUCCGUUCUACUUCGUCUUCUCUAUGUCUAGCUCGAGCACCAAGUCAACUUCCAGCUCGAGCAGUUCAUCGGGCGGAAGCUUGCGCACCAACGCCAUCAUGGCCACAGUCCCGGAUUCUGUCUCUACAUCGGAGAAUGCUUCAACAUCUGCUUUCGAGACUGCUUCAACCUCGUCAAGCACCUCAUCUUCGUCUUCGUCCGUUGAGUCUGCGUCAACGUCGAGCAGCAGCGGAUUACCUCCGUCCGUUUAUUCAGCUAAUCCUACUGCCUCGACAAACGGGACCUUCUUUGCGAACCAGACAUCUGUACGCACUGCAUCAUCCACAGGAUUCGCUGACCUCUCGUCGACCUCUGCAACAGCAAGUUCCGGGAUGAGGGAGCGUGACUUGGAGGAGCGCGGGAAUGCAGCGACUUCGAACAAGAAGACGACGAGCGUCAAGAAAACAACAUCGACGAAGGCACCCAGCACCACCAAGAAGCAGCAAAUCGUAAAGAAGGCUACCAGUAGCCAAAAAUCAUCGAGCACAAAGAAAGCCAGCACAAGCGUCAAGCCGAGCAGCAUCAAGAAGGUAGUGACUACUAGCAAGAAAGCCAGUACUACGUUGAAGCCUGUGUCUACAUCAAAGACACCGAGUGUCCCCAUCAACAAGGGUCAGCCUGCGCAGUUCAAUGGGCUCAACAACGCACAACAAUCAAGCAUCUGUAGCUGCUUGCACGUACCUACUUCAACGGUCACCAGAAGCAUCUUUGUGGACACGUUCACCACUGUCACAUCGACAGUAACGGCUGUACAGACUCUUGUCAAAUCACGAUCGAACUGGUUGGCCAAUGUCGAGGAGGGAGAUUGGGCGACGUCCUUCUGGAUGAAUUCGGUCGAUCGCAUGUACCAGGUGAAUGCGGUACCACUGGCUUGUCGUAACCANGGCGGAGUGCUCUCGUGCAAGAGUGGCGACCUCGAGCAGCUGUAUUGGUGCACAGUUUGGGGGACAACAUCGCUGGUUCUUGGACCUUCAACCUACGACAACGCGCUGUGCAAGCCCGUGUCGCUCAACAUUGUGGCGGCCUGA